AUGAACGCACAACAACCUAUGCGCCAAGCACCGGCGCCUGCCUUACCGCCCGUGGACGAGAUCAUCGAGAUCCUGCCGCUGCAGAUCGACCCUCAGACCAAAGCCAUCUCAGCGCCCUCGCUGGCAUCCAACAAGGCGCUGCAGGCCGAGCUGGCGGCACUCAACACGCUGCACCGCUCGCUGCUGACUCUCGAGACUCCUUCGCAGACGCCUCCGCCCCCGAUCCCCGUCAACCCCAAGCGCAGCGCCCAGGUCACCAAGCUGCGCGACUCGGGCAACGACUGCUACCGCAAGCAAAAGUACGCCGAAGCCAUCAAGUUCUACGGCCUCGGCAUCGACAUGGCCCUCAAGCGGCCCUACUGGGAACCCCAGCAGCUCGUCCGCGAGGAGAUUGCCAGCCUCUACGCCAACCGCGCCCAGGCGCACAUGGGCCUGCAAAGCUGGGCCGAGGGCGCCGUCGACGCCGAGGCCAGCGUGGAAGCCAAGCGGGUCGGCAAUGCAAAGGCCUGGUGGCGCCGCGGUCGCUGCCUGUACGAGAUGGGAAGACUGGACGAGGCCCGCGAUUGGGUAUCGAGAGGUCUCGAGAUGGAGGGCGAGGAGGCUGAACUCAAGACGCUGCUGUCUGAUAUCAAGACCAAGCUUGCCGCCAAGAGCUCGUGA